AUGCGCACCAAGAGUGACUUAAAGGCGCGUUUCGAAAUGGCUGACAGCGGCAAGUGCGCAUUCGCGUUGGGCAUCGAGCUGGUGGACAACGGCAACGGUAGCGUGACGAUGUGCCGGCGACGCUACGUGGAAGAUGUUCUCAAGCGUUUUGGCAUGAGCGACUGCAAAACCGUCACCAGCCCAACAGACACCAGUUCUCGACUCAUACCAAGCACCGCAGCAACCAAAAUCGACGCCCCGUUUCGUGAAGCAGUAGGCGCUUUAAUGCUCUCGGUGAACGCGACACGACCGUACACUGACUUUGCUGUGAAUUACGUUUCGUGCUUCAUGGAAAAGACCCCAAUUCGAGCAUUGGAUGGCGACUUCUGCGGCUACUCGGAUGCAGACUGGGCCGGCGACCAUGCAGACCGAAAGUCGACUUCGGGAUAUGCGUGCAUCCUGAUAAGUGCUCCGGUGAGCUGGGGAAGCAAAAAGCAGUCAAGUGUGUCGCUGUCAACAAGUGAAGCUGAGUACAUUGCACUAAGUCUGGCGAUUCAAGAAGGCAAGUGGGUGCAUCGAUUGCUGUGCGAGAUUCUGGAUGCCGCAGAGGACAAGUCUGAACCCGAGCUCAAGAUCAUGGGAGAUAACCAAUCGUGCAUCAAGAUGACGAAGAAACCUGUGAACCAUGGUCGAGCCAAGCGCAUCGACAUCAAGUACCAUCACAUUCGCGAUGAAGUCAAGCGUGGUGAUGUCACGUUGGAGUACUGUGAGACUGCGAUGAUGUUGGCGGACAUCAUGACCAAGGGACUGCCAGGACAGCGUCACAAGGACUUGACGGCAGCGCUCGGCAUACACGCGUGUUCUCAUUGA